CUCAGUAUGAAAUAACUAUUAUAGUACAUAACCUUAAAAGUAUUUCGUUUAUCAUUUCAUAUAAAUAUUCACUUUUCUACCUUUAAAAAUGGACGAGUAUGAUGUGUUGUUGGGUUUAUCUGGCGUUUUAUUGUGUUACGCAGCAGCGAAAAUAAUACAAAGACGACCGCGGCGAUUUAAAACUCGUCCAAUUAACAGAGACCGUAAAUUAACUGGAAAUUACCGAUACUACCAAAAAUUGAAAAAUUUGGAUUCUCCUCAAUUUUUCAAAUACACUAGGAUGAGCCUACCAAUUUUUCAAAAACUGUUAGACAUGAUUAAAUUGGACCUCCAAAAACAAAGAAGACGUGAUACCAUUUCUCCCGAAGAGAGAUUAGUUAUAACAUUGCAAUAUUUAUCUCAAGGCACAAAUAUGCAAGUGCUUGCAUGGACAUUUCAUAUAGGCUUAACAACAGUGCAUCAAAUAAUCCUUGAAGCAUGCAACAUUAUUUGGGAGCGGCUGAGCCCACUGUACCUAAAAUCCCCUUCUAGUGAAGCCGAAUGGGAAAACAUUGCAGAUGGUUUCCUUCAGCAUUGGAAUUUUCCUAACUGUAUAGGUGCCAUUGAUGGCAAGCACAUCAAUAUUCAGGCACCUGCUCGCAGUGGGAGCUUAUUUUAUAAUUAUAAACAUAAUUUUAGUGUAGUGUUAUUAGCAGUAUGCGAUAGUAAGUAUCGCUUUACAUUUGUUGACAUUGGGGCAUACGGCUCCCAAAGCGAUGGUGGCGUUUUAAAGAAUAGUGUAUUUGGCAAAUGUUUGGAAGAAUCUACAUUAAAAAUUCCUAAACCGACAAGUUUACCCAGUAGUGAGGUUGUUUUGCCUUAUUUUUUGGUAGGAGAUGAAGCAUUCCCUUUGAAGGAAUACAUAAUGCGACCUUAUCCGGGGCGCAACUUAAAUGACCAGCAAAAGAUUUUUAAUUAUCGUUUGUCCAGGGCGAGGCAGACGAUAGAAAAUACUUUUGGGAUUUUGGUUGCAAGAUGGCGAUUGCUCAAAACCACAAUAAAUGCCAAAGUAGAAAAUGUGGAUAACAUUGUUAAAUGCAUAGUCGUUUUGCACAAUUACUGCCAAACAGAAAUGUCCACAAGUACAGAUUUAUAUUGUCCUCCGGGGUUUGUAGACUCGAGCGAUUGUCCCAAUGGAACCUGGAGAGAAGAUGCACCCCUUCAAUCUGUGGGAAGAACAGGUGCAAAUAUUGCCCGUAAAACAACUUACCAAAAUAGGGACAAUUUAGCUAAUUACUUAGUGUCUAAAAAUGGCGAAGUUCCAUGGCAAUAUGACAUGAUCAAACAAUCGAUGUUACUUAAGUAAUUUAUUGUUAGUUAUUUAAUUUUUUUUUUACUUUUUGUACUACAUCUAAUAUUAUAAAUUCUUAAUCUUAACCUUAAACUAUGUUUUAUACUAUUCUACCUAUUUACACCAAUAAUAAAUUAAU